UAUAUAUAUGAACAAGUCAAAUUAUCUAGUCACACUACACCAUUCUUCUUAUUUAUUUUCUUCAAGGACUGCCCAGAAAAACCUCCACCCCCCCUCUCUCUCUCUCUCUCUUUUUCUCAUUUUUUCUAUACAUGGUGUACAAAUUUGCUAAGAAAUCAAAAGAGGACAUAAAGAUGGCUGAUUCUUCUGCUUCUUACAUUCACAUGGUGCACCAUCUAAUAGAAGAGUGUUUAAUAUUCAAUAUGAGCAAAGAAGAAUGCAUGGAAUCCCUUUCUAAGCAUGCAAACAUCAUGCCGGCUAUCACUUCAACCGUGUGGAAUGAGCUUGAAAAGGUGAAUAAAGACUUCUUUGAGACAUACAACCACACGAGAAGGGAUCAUCAUCAUCAAACACAAUCGAUUUCAUCGUCGUCGUCGUCCUCUUCUUGUUUAUCAUCAUCAUCAUCAUCAUCACCAUAGAGAAAGUUGAAGUCAGGAUUUCAUAUAUAUUGAAGGAUUAAAUGAUCAUGAGGAUAUGAUUGAGGAGAAAAAAAAAUGGAAAAAGCCGUGUUAAAUUAACCUUUUGGAUAAAAGUUUAUGUAAAAGAUUGUGUUAGAUGUUAGAUGUUUUGAAUAACGUGAUUGUAUCUAUAUAUUUAGAGUACGGGCAAUGUCGUGGUUUUGUUUGAAAACUAACAUUAAUUAAUUAUAUACUGUUAGGUAUAUAUAUAUUGCAUCGAUUGUUCCAUAUUAAUGUACGUUAGAUGUAUAUAUUGGUCUGUUAGUUUAACUCGUUGAUAAGUUUUGGUUUA